AUGAAAUGUCUCGAAUGUGUUGAAAAUUAUUGUGCUAAAUGUUUUACUCAUUUUCAUCUUCGUGGUGCUUUACAACGUCAUCAUCGAGUUUUUUUAUCUGAAAAUCAAUUAUCAAUAUCUCAAAAGAAAAAACAAUUAUUCAAAACUAGUAUUAAUCUUCCAGAAUUAUCUUAUCGACAAUCAAAUGAUGAUCUAAAUCGAAUAUCAACAACGACAUUAAAUAUAGAUACUAAUAUUCAUAAAUCAAAACGAACUCGACAAAAACAUGACUUAACAUCAUCAAUCACUGGAACAACAGUUGAUAAAAUAGAAUAUUUUAAUAGAUUGCCAAAUAUUGAAUUUAAUUCAUCAAAAAAAUAUCAACAUGCUGAUAAAAAUAAUCAAAAAAUGUUUAGUCAAAGAUCAAAAAGAUUAAAUAUAACAAAAAAAACUCAACCGAAAAUAGGUGUACUUGUUAAUAUAUAUUAUUCACUUUCUGAUAAUAUAGAUCUAAAUGAACCCAGUAUUGAUAUUGAACCUUUUGAUGAGGAUUUAUCAGUAAGACAAACAGCAAAAAGUGCACGAACAAUAACUCCUAAAGAGAAUUCGAAUAAUGUUGAACAGACUGAAGAACUAGAACGACCUAUUACUCAUAUAUCAACAGUGUCAAAUUCACGUUCAACAAGUUCGUCAAUAAAGAAAGAUUCAAUACCAUUAAGAUCUAAUUCUAUAGCACUAUUUCAACAAUCUUUGCGUUCUGUAUUGGAUACAAAAUCUAAUGAUGAGCUUCAAGCAAUUGUUAAUUCACAAUUAAUAUUAUCACGAGCAUCGUCAUCUACUCCGGAAAAGCUCAAUCAAUCUUCAAUGUUAUCGAGUGAACAUUGUAUACCGGAACAACAUAUACUAAAUAAUAAAGAUGUUCAAUCAACUGUCCUCAAUGAAACUUCAACUUCUCUGUCUGAUUUAGCUCUUGAUAAUUUAUUUAAUGAAUCAAAAAUUAAAUUAGCUAGUAGUUUAAACUAUCAAUCUAGCAUUGAUUCUCCAAUCAAACCUGAAAAAGAUCAAUUUUCUACUCAUGUUUUUUGUACAAAUUCUUUAACAACAACAUCACGUCGAAGUUCUCCAUUCAGUUUUACACAUUCAAUAAAUAAAAUAAGUCGAAUUAAUUCAUCAUCUUCAAUUGAUACAAAUGAUGAUGGUUUUUUUACCAAUGUUUUACCUCAACAAACUAUUUCAUCAACUCGAAUUCUUCAAUGUUCAAAAUCAAAUGAAUGGACAUAUGUAUCAGAAAAUCAAUCAACUGAAUACGAUCAAACAAUACUAAAUUCAGUUUCACUACGUAAAUCAUCUGUAGAAAGUUUAGUGCGUACAUCUUCAAAACAUUCGAUAAAAAUUGAUGAAACACAUUAUCAAUCAACAACUGAACUUGAUAAUAAUAGUCGACCAGAAUCAUCAUUAUCAUCAGCUUCACUUCCUGUUUCAAUCACAUCAUCGAAAACAGAUUUUAUUAAUCGAAAAAUUCAAUCAUUAGCAAUAUCAUUAAGAAAAAAUUCUUCAGCGUCACCAUUGAAAAGUUCAUCUUCAUCUUUAAGGACAACGGAAACCUCUUCAUCACAAUUAGAAACAAGAACGUCAAACAUAGUUGAAAGUUCUAAAGUAACAUCACCAUAUAAUAAUAAUAAAUCUCUUCAAGAAUCAAUCAAUUCAUUAAACGAUAAAAGUUUAUCCAACGUAUAUACACAAGAAAGUUCGAAUGAUUUAUUAAAACUGAAUUUAAUAACAAAUCUUACUGAAGAUGAAAAUAUUACUGUAAAUGAUUUACCGAUAAAAGAAAAAACUACUCAUCGUCAAACUAGAACUAAUGAUGAAUUAUCAAAAUUUCGAAAACUUGAAUUUUCAAUGGGAGACGGUCUUAAAUGGCACGACGCUUCGACAGAGUCAUUUUCUUCUAAUCAAUCAUCACAUAUUAAAAAAUUUCAAUUAUUAACACCAUCAAAGUCAAUGAAUACAAAAAUUCUUCAACAAUUUAAUACAUGUGAUAAUAAUGAUGGUCGAUCAUCACAUAUGGAUCAAAAUGUCAAUGAUGAUGACGAAUGUUUGAAUCAACUUCAUCAAGAACAUUGUUCGACAUGUUAG